AUGCCCAAAGCAAUCAAAUUAGUCAAGCAGAAGUAUGAGCAAUUGACCUCGAAGUCAACCGGCUCACAAGCACCGCUCAAGGGAGAAAGCGAUUAUUGGCGCUCCGCAGAUUCGAAAAACAGAAAACCACCGUCUUCGACCGCCAUUUCGUCAUUUUCCCAGCGGUAUCGGCCUUUGUCCGGUUCUUAUGUGAUUGCUGGAGAUGCCGAGUUAGCCCCUCUGGCACGACCACUCUCAGCGCACCUGAACCACAACUACGAGAUGGAUCACGUAUAA